GACACCCACCGACAGAGGGGAAACCGACAGCUGUACAGAGGAGCCGUGCACAUGUAACAGCUCGAGCAUCAUGAGGUGAAUCUCAGAUCACGUUGUGCAGAGAGAACACAGGGUGAUUUUAUGCUGCACUACGUCCACAGACGACUGGUUUCUCUUGACGUCAGGAGAAAGUCUGAGCGCUGCGCACAAGCUCAGCAUCCACAUCGCUCCCACAGGGAAGGAGACGCGCAUCGCAGCUGCAGAUCGCCAUUUAGCUGUAGUGUGGCGAAUCCGAUCAGCGUUGUAGGAUGCCUCUUGGAGAGGAUGGAAAUGGAUGGAAGAAGAAGACGUCAGACAUCAAAGAACACUAUGACUUCAAAGAAGUACUGGGAACCGGAGCUUUCUCUGAGGUGGUUCUAGCAGAGGAGAAGAGGACCCAGCGGCUGGUCGCCAUCAAGUGCAUCCCCAAGAAAGCACUGGAGGGCAAAGAGAACAACAUCGAGAAUGAGAUCGCAGUACUACACAGAAUCAAGCACGCCAACAUCGUGACGCUGGAGGACAUCUUUGAAAGUACAUCUCACCUAUAUCUUAUCAUGCAGCUGGUCUCCGGAGGCGAGCUGUUCGACAGGAUCGUGGAGAAAGGUUUCUACACGGAGAGAGAUGCCAGCCAGCUCAUCCACCAGAUCUUAGACGCCGUCAAAUAUCUCCACGAUAUGGGAAUCGUCCACAGAGACUUGAAGCCGGAGAACCUGCUCUAUUACAGCAUGGACGAAGACUCCAAGAUUAUGAUCAGCGACUUCGGCCUGUCAAAGAUCGAGGGAGCGGGCAGCGUCAUGUCCACAGCCUGCGGCACUCCUGGAUACGUGGCUCCAGAGGUUCUCGCUCAGAAGCCCUACAGCAAAGCAGUGGAUUGCUGGUCCAUCGGAGUUAUUUCUUAUAUCCUAUUGUGUGGAUAUCCUCCGUUUUACGAUGAGAACGACGCAAAGCUGUUUGAGCAGAUUCUGAAAGCAGAGUACGAGUUUGAUUCUCCGUACUGGGACGACAUCUCAGAUUCAGCCAAAGACUUCAUCUGUCACCUGAUGGAGAAAGAAUCUUUGAAGAGAUAUACAUGCGACCAGGCGCUCCAACAUCCAUGGAUCUGUGGAGACACAGCUCUGGACAAGAAUAUCCAUGAAUCUGUCAGUGCUCAGAUCAAGAAGAACUUCGCUAAGAGCAAAUGGAAGCAAGCGUUCAAUGCCACAGCGGUGGUGCGCCACAUGCGGAAGUUGCAGCUGGGGACAAGUCUUGAGGGGCCCAGUCAGAUUACUCCCACCAGUCCCUGCCAUGGGCAUCUGCUCCCAGAGGCAGAGGAGGAGGAGGAGGAGGAGGAUUUGGGGAAUGGAGAAGAGGAGAGCUUGUCCCACUACGAGGACGGCCGGCGUGGAAGCAACGAGGGCAGCACAGACCGGGACAGCCUGAGGAGCUGCACCUACUGCUGCAGGCCAGCCAGUCGCGUUUGA